GUUUACCGUUGAUUGUGGAAUGAGCAUAAUCAUUAAUCGUGCCAUGAAUUACUAAAUGCUUGCAUGCUUUUCAUUUAUAUUCUGUAUAAUAACAAUUAUUGUUAUUAAACAUUUUGAUAAAUGUCUAUUCAUUAAAUAUGUUACUCAAAUUAUGUUUUAUGUUUUUACAAACUGUGCAUAUUUACGUACAAGCUCUUGAUAGCUCUACUGAUUUCAUAAAAAUAAGGACUAAAAAUAACAGGAAUUUAAAAUCGGUUAACGAUUUUAAUACUUCGAAUCAUUCUGCACUUAAGGAUCAAAGUAAUUUAAAUGAAAUAUUAAAUAUUUCAAAUAAUUUAGGUACAAGUACAAAAGCAAGAAAUAAUUGGGAGGGAAAGUGUGAGGUAUAUAGAGGGAAAAUAUGUUUAGAAUUUGUUAAAAAUAAUCUUGUUUUUAUUCCUGAUUCCGUGACCCAAGACACUUUGGAAAAUAAACUUGAACAAGCUUUCAGCGUUAUUAAAUUUUCAAAUGAAGUUUCAACUAAUUGUGAAGGAUAUGCGAAACCAUCUCUGUGUUAUUCUGUAUUUCCCAUUUGUCGUGAUCAGAUGAUUGAUAAUAAAUAUAAAAAGUUGCCAUUUAGUCAGAGGUUAAGAGACAAAUCUAAAGAAAUAAAUUAUAUUGAAGAAUUGACAGAAAGUCAUGAUAGUGACAAUUUCAAUUUUCAAAACAAUUUGAAUAAUCGAGUGCGUAGAAUUUGUAGAGAAGAAUGUGAAAUGUUGGAGAAUGAACUUUGUCGUAAGGAAUAUGCAAUUGCAAAACGUCACCCACAAAUUGGACAACAAGUUCCUUUAGUAGAAUGCUCAGAUUUACCUCUAAAUGGCACGGAAGAAGCUGUUGAUUGUUUAUCUUUAGGUAUUUCAUCGGAAAUUCAGAUUCAUAAGGAAGACAAUUGUUAUUGGGGAACAGGUCAAUCGUAUCGAGGUAUUGUUCAAAGAAGCAUUUCAGGUCGUAUGUGUCUUACGUGGUCACAUCAGUUCAAUCUUCAAAUAUCUGAUUAUUUGGAACUCGCUGGAAGUCAUUCUUAUUGUAGAAAUCCAGGUGGAAAGGAAUUACAUCCAUGGUGUUACGUUGAUGUGAAUAAACGUACACAUGUUGAAUUUUGUGAAAUUCCAAAAUGCAGUGAAAAUUUUUGGACCUAUACAGCUGUUGGAUUCAUACUAAUUGGAGGAUUUGUAUUAAUAGCUUUUUACAUUUAUUGUUUAAAAUUUAAAAAAUCAAGGAGACCGAGAGAUAAUUUACCAUCAAGCAAGAUGUUAACUAAUGUCCACUGUGAUAGAAACAUUUAUAAUCAAAAUACAACUCAAAUAAUAGAAAUGAAUUCUCUUUUGCCAAAGAGAGAAAAUACUGCUGGGACACUUGGGAGUAAAAAUGUCAAGACUUCCACUAAUUCAGUACCACAAUUUUCCAUUACUAAUGUUGUAUUUUUACAAGAAUUGGGAGAAGGCGCAUUUGGAAAAGUUUACAAGGGAAAAUUACAGACUAAACAGUCAGCAGAUCCUAUUUACGUGGCAGUGAAAACUUUGAAAGUAGACGCAAGUUCAAAAACUCAAAAUGAUUUUAAAAGAGAAGUGGAUCUCAUGAUAGAUCUGAGACAUCCAAAUAUUAUUUGUUUAUUGGGUGUGGUUUUAAAAGGAGAUCCUAUGUGUAUGCUCUUUGAAUACAUGACACAGGGAGAUUUACACGAAUUUCUCAUCAGUCAGUCGCCAAAGUCUGAUACUUAUGUUAAUGACAAUAAAAAUGUUUUUAAACAAUCCGAGUUUUUGCAAGUUGCUGUUCAAAUUGCCGCAGGCAUGGAAUAUCUUGCCAAUAAUCACUACGUGCAUCGUGAUCUGGCAGCUAGAAAUUGUCUCGUUGGUGAUAAUUUGACAGUGAAAAUUUCUGACUUUGGUUUAUCGCGAGAUAUAUACAGUAGUGAUUACUACAGAGUGCAAUCGAAGAGUUUACUUCCUGUUCGAUGGAUGCCGCCGGAAUCAAUUCUUUAUGGAAAAUUUACAACAGAAUCUGAUGUGUGGAGUUUUGGAGUUGUUCUGUGGGAAAUUUACAGUUACGGUUUACAGCCUUAUUAUGGUUAUAAUAAUCAAGAAGUAAUCGAUAUGAUACGUUCACGCCAGUUACUACCAUGUCCUGAAGAUUGUCCUACAGUGAUAUACAGUCUCAUGCUUGAAUGUUGGUCCACUAAUCGUAGACCGCAAUUUUCUGAGAUUCAUCAGCGGCUGCACAAUUUGUCAAGUAAACUUUGUUAAAAAUGUUCUUUUUUACAUUUUCUUUUUCAAGAGAAAGAAACAUUUUUGUAAUUUCUACUGUUUUAAGGAGAAAAAAAAUUAAUUUCUAGUCAUAUUCGUAAUUAAAUACGGUCUUUAAUUUAUUUAUUCUGGGUAACUAUUGUUAUCUAUCGAAAUUGAGAAUUUUGUUAGAAAAAUUUAGUAAUAACAACUUGUAAAAUGUUGUGUAUAGCAAUUUUAUAUUUACAUUUAAAUUUUUUACACCAGUAAUAAGUAAGAAAUUCGCAGAUGUAUAUAUUAUACGAUACUUGGUACAUGACAUCUUAAUGAAUAGAAUAUUGUCUAACAAUAAGAUUUGUGUACGUUUAUAUAAGAAUUUUUUGUAUUCCAAAGAAUUUUAUAAUUUUAAACUUGAUUUGUAACUUUUUACAAUACAUUUUUAUAAAGUCUGAAAUAAGUCCAUUUUUUUCGAGCACACACCUAUUACUUUCAGCGUUUUCUAUUAGAUCAACAGUAAUGUUCUUGCCCGUGAGGUAUGCGUGGAAAAUUAUUUUAUUUUGUUGGGCGAUUAUAAUAUUUAUAGUAGGCGAUAAAAAAUAUUGAGUUUUUAAUAUCUAAUAUGAACAGGGUUGCCACAGGUCAGGGAAAAGUCAGGAAAAGUAGAAU